AUGGCCACCGACGAUGGCCUGCCAUGGACGACCUCGCGAUGCAACCGUCUGCUUCGACCACUUUCAUCAAAACUCGCCAAGUUACGGAAAGAGCUUGCGCGACCAAGAAGCAACGGAGAGACGCGGAGUGCUUCUACAGCUUUUGCCACAAGAGGCUCGCCGAACAAAACGACCAACUUCACGCGACCGGCACAUAAGCCUCGAGGCUUUGAAAAGGCCAGAGAUCCGGACUGGAGACCAGGUCCAAAGUCGGGAGCGGCCAGCAAGAAGACAUAUGGUGGGCGUGGAGGCAGGAAGACGGUGCGGCAAGGCGGCUUGAGUGCUAGCAGUGUCGCACGUCCAGGCGAGAUCGCCUUCACGCCUCUCAUUGCGCGAAUGGGAGGGCAGUUUCAGAGCAGUCCUCAGCUGCAGCAUUCACCACUCAGAAAGUAUGGGAAGGCUUCCGGGCCCCUCCUAGCCAGUGUCGACCGAAUACAAAACCUCGUAAAGCAGUUGCCGUCCGAUCUGCAGAAACUAGUCCAGGGCUUGUCGGAAGCCUACGCGAACUUGCUCCAAGCAACUAUGGCGGGGAGUGAGAAGAGAUGGAAGGGGACAAGGUCGUUAAUGGGAGCCUGUCUCAGGAAGCUGCCAGCCUACAUCGAGCUCGAGGAGCACUUCGCGAAGCUGGACCAAGAAGAGGAAGAAAAUGAGGACGAAGCCGAGGACCGAGAUGUCGCAAAAGAAGUCUACGAGCACUUGGAAGGUCACUUCGAGCAGCGCUCAGGGCAGGGUUGGUAUCUGUUCAAGCAGGUUGUUCGAGCACAUGGCACCUCGCUAAUCUGCGACGCUAUUGCAGACGAAGUUUUGGGCCUGGAGAGCUUGUCGAUCCUUGUCACGCACUGCUUGAAUGUCUCCGCCUGGGACGAGGCUGAGCAAAUCUUAGUUGCAUACUUGCCCCUGCUGGACGUCUUCUCACUCCCAAUCAACACUAGAACGGAUUUGUUCGAUGGGCAGAGAUCACUUUACAUGUCGAGCGUGAUGGGAUUUGUCGAACGAACUGGACGUUACCGGUUUCUUUAUGACCUCCUCGACCAUUUAAUCGCUUACGAGCUUCUUCCUCUAGAGUGGCUGGCAACCGAGUGUAUGCGCCCGCUUUGGGACCGACUCGUGAGAACCAUCAGCGAAAACGACUAUCGGACGCUUGCACAAAGCUUUCGUUUUCUAGAGACGACCAUGUUUGCUGGCAUGGGACUGCCUGAUGCGAGACUCCUCGAGGAUGAGGUGAUCGGAUCUAUUGCCAGACGUUUUGUACCAUCGUCAAAGGAAGAGCUCCGACAGGCGUUGAACACGACCUUUUCGAGUCUUAUCACAGUGUUGUGCAGCAUAGCUCUGGUCAACAAUAGCCGCGACGAUAGCACAGGAAAGGUCAUCGCAGAAAGAGUUACUUGGACGCUGGACGCCCUCUCAAUAGCCCUCACGAAGCGGCGAGACAUUCGCGACGAGUUACAUCUCCUCGGCGCAGAUACAGAAGAUUCUCAGGUCUUUGCUCGACGAGCUCUGUGGACAACGUUUGCAUCGUUCUUGGUGCACUUGGAUGGAUGUCGUCAGGAUAGUACUAUGAUAUCUUUAGAUCCACCUACGUUGGUCACUAGUAUCAACACACUGACUGUACAGUACUCAUCCAACGGGAUUAGCUCCGCGUCAUUACUCGCUACUCUUCCUGCACUUAUCUCAUCAACAGCACGCGGCACUGGACGAAUCUGGAAAGACGAUGGUUUCGGCCAACUACAACGCCUCGUUCAAGCACUGAUGACGCUUUCCGGGUGUCGACUGCCGCACAAAUCAUGGACGCUCAAGCGACUUGCAUUAGAAUCUGUAAUGGAGUUUGCUCAAAGCACUGGAGAGGCUGAGCACAUGGCAUAUGCUCGCGAGAUCGAGAAGAAAAUGCACUCGCAAGGCCGUCUAGUCAUACUACCCACGCCACAGAAGACCGGUUCCCCAUCAGCAGGCGGGGGGUUUAGAUGGGAAGAAGGCAUCGGCGAAUGGGUAGCGUGCACCCCGUUCGCGAAGCAGGACAUCACGCGUCUACAACGACAACCUCUACGGGCUCUGGAGUUGCUACCCACACCAAUACAGUCUGAAGAUGAAGAAAAUAUGGGAGAAGAACACAACGAGAGUUCCAUGUGGGAGACGACAGCGUUCGAGCAAGAAGACGACGAUGUAGUUCCCCAGUCUUCACCGAUCAAGAGAGCACGCCCACGCGUCUCAACCUCAUCACUUGGGAAGCGCACACGUGCGUCUUCACCCAUUGUCGUCAUCGUCAAACGGACAUGCAUAACACCUCCCGACUCACCAGUGAAGUUUUACCCAGAGCUUCCUGAGGAAAAGGAGGAGGAUAGGGUUUCUGAGGGCGGUCUACGCCGAUCUCGCCGCAGUACGUACGAAGAAGUCGAUCCAAACACAUCCAGUGAGAGUGAUGGUGAGAAUGAGAGUGAGAGCGAGAAUUCUGAAGAUAGCCAGAAGUCCUCGGGACGUCGGAACAGCAAGCUUCGAUUGAAACGAUCUUGUUCAUCGUCAGGCAAGCGGUCACGCUCAACCCGAGGACAAGACGAUGAUGAACACGACGAGUUGAGCAAAACGCCUGCGCGGCCUCGGAGGAGACGGGCAAGCGGUAGGAAAAGCGUGUCCGGACGAAAGGGAUGGAUCGUCAAUGACGACGAUGAGGAGGAGUACAGCGCAGACGAACUGAGCUUCCUGUGA